AUUGUUACACGCCCUGAUUUACAGUUACAGAUUGUACUACAAUCAAUACGCGACCUCGAUUUGUUUAUAUCUGUACAAAAACAUCCGAUUAAUCUCCGGAGUCAAGAGUUCAGUCUGUUCGAAGCACACGAACAACAAUGUCACCCACAAGCGUUCUAAUAUUUUUGUUGUUAUUAUACGGCGUUUUAAUUAAGUGUCAAAAACCAUUCUUCGAUAAUAAAAAUCUGACGGUAAUCAAAGGCAACAAAACGUUAUCUGACGUGAUGUGCGAUUCCGUGUUGCACCAUUUGGACGCGACAGAUAUAAUCGCAGAAGAAGAACGAAUACCCACACUGCUCCUUGGUACGUUCGCUAAUCUAUUGCAACUCAAAACCAUCAAACUGCAAAACGAUAGAAUAGAACGCAUCGAAAAGGGAACCUUUAUUAAUCUGCCAAAGCUGAAGGUGAUAAACUUGAACUUCAACAAAAUCGAACUGUUAACUGAAGGUAUUUUCAACUUUUUGCCCGUAGUUCAAAUACAUAUGAGAGGAAAUAGAAUACGGUAUGUGGAACCCGAAACUUUCCAAAAUUUACAAUACCUUCAAGACUUGGAUAUGAUGAUGAACAAUAUCGAAAAACUUCCGGCAAACAUGUUUGAAAAUACGACCAAUUUAAGAAAAUUAAAUCUCAGUUAUAAUAAGAUUAAAACAUUGCCACAAUUGAUCUUUCAUAUGGGAUUUUUGAACAACCCUGUUGGAAUUGAUUCGUACAUCGACUUGGGACAUAAUCAAAUAAAUUCAUUAAGUCCUGGUUUGUUUAAAGGUGUUUAUUAUGUGAAAACUAUUAAUCUUAAUAACAAUUUAAUUGAUACAAUUCCGGAUAAUAUUUUUUCGGAUAUAAGAGACGGUGAAUGCGCCGAUUUCAGUGGCAAUUAUUUGAAGAAUAUUAAUCAAAGUACUCUGGAUAGUUUGACGAAGUCUUUUAAAAUUGUGGACAUGCACUAUAAUAACUUCGAUGACAGCAUGAUACUGAUACUAAAUAGAACCAAUGUAAUUUAUUAAUCUAGUCAUUUAAUAAUAAAU